GGCAGCUCGACUCUCCGCCGCUUUGACAGCUGGCUCGAGCAGGAGUUGUUCGGUUGAUGGACCGCAUUUUCCUGCGGAGGAUAUUUCACUGAAGCGGGAGUCAGCACCGGACUGAAGCCGCCCCGCAUCGCUCACGGUCCGGCCAUGGAUGAGCAGGCGGGCCCCGGUGUCUUCUUCAACACCAGCGGCAGCUCGGGCUUACCCGGCGCGGGGAACGUUAAAGCUCCGCAGCCCGGGGACGGCGGCGGAGAGGCGGCCCGGGCUCAGUACAGCAUCCCGGGGAUUUUACACUUUCUCCAGCAUGAGUGGGCCCGCUUCGAGGUGGAGAGGGCCCAGUGGGAGGUGGAGCGGGCCGAGCUGCAGGCUCAGAUCGCCUUCCUGCAGGGCGAGAGGCGGGGCCAGGAGAACCUGAAGAAGGACCUGGUGAGACGAAUCAAGAUGCUGGAGUACGCUCUGAAGCAGGAGAGAUCAGCUGAGAUCAGCCAGCUCGUGGCUGCCGUCGCUCCCUCAGAAGCUCUCGCUGACCUCGUGUCCUGUCUCCGGCUCAGGUACCUACAGGAGGUCGGAUACACGGACACCAUCCUGGAUGUGAAGUCUCAGAGGGUGAGGGCGCUGCUCGGUCUUGCCGGAGACGCGGGAGACAAACCGUCAGACAAGAAAACCGAGCCGAUGGUCAACGGCACCGAGCCGUCCUCGCUGAAGGACAGCGGCAUGAUGGUGAGAAAGAAACACUCGUCAACGCCGUCUUCCACGACCUCUGACCUCAGCGAUGACCUGGACACGGAGGAGGCGCUGAAGGGUUUUGAUUUCUUGGCGAGUCCAGACGAGCUGGACGGAUCGCCCGAAUCGAGGAGCGGGGACGACAGCGGCGAGUGGGAGAAGGAAGAGCAGUCUCCUCUGGGUGAAAUGGCCUGGGAUGUGGACCAGGGACUGAUAGCCCAGCUCAAGGAGCAGUACAGGAAGGAACGCAAGGGCAAGAAGGGGGUGAAGAGACCAAACCGGUCUAAGCUGCAGGACAUGCUGGCUAACCUGCGGGACGCCGAGGACCUGCCCUCCAUGCCGCCGGCCGUGACGCCCCCCUCUCGGUCGAGCGUGCCCCGGCUGAACGAGCACGAAGUCGGACGCCCCGAUGACGAGGCGAUGACGUUCCUGCCGUCGUCGGGGAAGUCGUUCAUUCUGGGCAGAGUGGACGAGGCGGUUUCUAACGAGCUGGGAUUGGGCGAGCUGGCCGGACUGACCGUCGCUAACGAGGCCGAGGGCCUGAUGUACGACAUCGCCAACAACAAAGAUGCUCUGAGGAAGACGUGGAACCCGAAGUUUACCCUGCGGAGCCACUUUGACUCGGUGCGCAGUCUGGCCUUCCACCCGGUGGAGCCGGUUCUGGUCACCGCCUCCGAGGAUCACACCCUCAAACUGUGGAACCUGCAGAAGACGGCGCCCGCCAAGAAGUGCGCGGCGUUGGACGUGGAGCCCAUCUACACAUUCCGAGCCCACAGCGGAGCCGUGUUGUGCGUCACCAUGAGCUCGAGCGGCGAGCAGUGCUUCAGCGGGGGCGUCGACGGCACCAUUCAGAGCUGGAACACCCCCAACCCCAACAUCGACCCCUACGACUCGUAUGAGCCGUCCGUCCUGCGGGGGGCGCUGUGCGGUCACACGGACGCGGUGUGGGGUCUGGUCUACAGCUCGGCUCACCGCCGCCUCCUCUCCUGCUCCGCCGACGGGACGGUGCGGCUGUGGAGCGCCGCCGACACCUGUAAGCUCAUCCACUCCAUGGUCGCCCACCUGGACGCUGUCACCAGCCUCGCCGUGGAUCCAAACGGCCUUUACCUCAUGUCAGGAAGUCACGACUGCUCGAUCCGUCUGUGGAACAUGGAGAGUAAAACCUGCAUCCAGGAGUUCACAGCACAUCGUAAGAAGUUCGAGGAGUCCAUCCACGACGUGGCGUUCCAUCCCACCAAGUGCUACAUCGGCAGCGCCGGGGCCGACGCGCUCGCCAAAGUCUUCGUAUGACCUGAAUGUGGUCAGCUGACCGCCCCGGCGUUCUCAGUGGGGUUCUUAUUUUUGGACAGAUGGAGGUCGCUUCCUCUGCAGAAGGUGACCCCGCCUCAAUCCCCCCCACGCCCCCCCUUUAAGAUUCUUCUCAUGUUAAGCCCCGCCCCCUGCUGGACUCGGGCUGGCCCGGAUCCACAAAACAAACUGACCUCUGAGAGAGGGGAGAAGUUAUCACGCGGGAGGCCGCGGCGUGCGUUCUCCCUCGAACAGCUCCGGGCUCGCCGCAGACGUCCUUCUCAUCGUAACGUGCCUUCUUUCUGUCGGACGCUCAGAAGAAACCCGAGACGCCGGAGUCGGGACGGGAGGUGAUGGCGGCCAAGUUUAACCUUCACACGACCUCCGUUUGUUAGUCCGUCCGUCCUGAGCUGAGCGGCUGCGAGGACAGUCCUGGAUCUGUCCCCGCCUUUAAUGUGCUCCACCUGAGCCACGCCCACAGGAACUUUGGCCCACGUCUCUAGUUGGUUCCAUCAGGUUCUCGUCCCUGCUGGUGGCGAUGACCUGGCGCUCGGUGGGAAGCGACAUUAAAGAGAAUCGGCGCCUGAUUGGCUCCAGCCCCAAACAUCCGAACAGGAAGGUCCUCACUGCGCUCUGCAGAGUCAUGAGGUGGAGAGGGCGGGGUUAACCUGAGAGGGCGCCACCUGCUGGGACCGCCUGACACAGGCGCUCAGCCCUGACUGAGCAGUAAUCCUUCGCUGACUCUGAAUCAAUGAUGAAGGUUCAACAGAGUCCGAUUGGCUGCAGCUGAGCUCUGACGGGGUUUCUUUGGCUCCUCCUCCUCCGAGACGCUGCUCGUGGAUCUCUGAUCCGCUGAGCUCUCUGCUCUAAACCCUGAGCGGCGCUCACAGGGACUUAUGGGAAACCUCACCUGAAGGUUCUCCUCACUCACGGGUUGUAAGAUACGUGGCUGCUUUUGUGGGCGUGACCCUGCGGCGAAGCUUUUCUCUCCAGAAAUCAAACGGAUCGGACGCCUCCGACUAAUCCCGACGCCCGCUGUUGCUAAUGCUAAUUACCUUCUCGUAACACACCUGAGUAACACCUGUGCUGCGCCCUCAGAUCUGCUCGCCGUGAGACGCAGGCGGAUCUUUUUUAUUCUGUUUUACUUGAAAGUGUCGUUUCUUCUUUUUGGGUUUCUGCUGAUGUUUUAAUGACGUCUGUGUUUUUUAACCAAACGCAUCGUCUCAGAAAGCAGCUGCUUCCCGUCGUGGUGUGAAACGGUCGGCGUGUACAAAGACGUAACAGAUUUAUGUGUGUACAGUUUUUAGGUAUUAAAGCAAAUCUAUUUAUUAACUGGUGUAAAGAUGUUUAGAGCAGGAAGAUCAAACGUUGAGUGUUUGUGUUUUCCUGUGAACUCGUGUGGAGCAUGAACGCUUCCUUUAAAAGCUUUUUAUCCACGACGUUCACCUUUACCUGCACUCGUCUGUGUUCAAGGUGUUUUCUAAAGUCUUGUCCGUGAUACGAGCGGGCAGCUUCCUGUUUGGUUUCCAAAGUAAGGGCAUAUCCACACAGUUGGCUGAUUUCUGCAUUAAAAUGAAUCAAUUCGAUUCGUUUUUGUUGGUUUUUUCUUCCAUAAAAGGAAGUUGUGGACGUUUUAAUCCUCACUGCUUCAUCCCGUUUACUCCAUGUACACAAAAAUAAACUGUUAAACAAAAAAAACUCAUCGGUUUGACAGAUUUUCUUAGAGCGUCGUGUCGGAGUCGUGUGUCGAAGACAAAGCGUUUGAUGGUUUUCAGCUUCUUAAAUGUCUCCGUCUUUUCUCAGUGACGACAGCUUUAGAUUGAACACGUGUGAUGGCAGCUUUUAUUUUUACGUUGUAAAGUUGCCAAAAACAUUCAGUAGUUUGUUCGGCUGCCUGCUGAGAGCAACAUGGAGUCAGCGCUGAGUUCCUAAAGGGUUCAGAAGUUUAAAGAUUUGUACUAAUCUGCACAGACGCCGCUCGCUCACUUAUGAAGCUUCUGUCGCCCAAAAUUAGUUUCAGUUUGUCGUCAGUCUUUCGUGCAUCUUCAUCUUCAGCUGGAUGAACUGAAGACUUUCAGCUUCACAGAGUGUAAAUGUUUAAAUUUGCUUUCUUUCUUGUUCUGUUCUGCCGGGUUUUCUCUCAGCGCUGACAGAAACCUGCAGAGCAAAACAAGCAGACUCACACUGGAGCACAUUGAUCAUAUUUCUAAGUCUGGUGGAGCAACAACAGAUUUCAGAGUGUGAGUUUUGACAAAGUGCACAAAAUGUAUUUAUUUUAAUUUGCUUCCAUCGUAUCUUUAGUUUAUUUUAAAGCUGAAUAAAAAUGUAACCACGUCUCAUCUCUUCCUCUUCGCUGAUAAACUCGGGGACGCGGCUCCGUCUCUGUUUGCAGAUGAAAUCUUCUGUGAGCUGAACUCCAGACUGAAUCCUGCCUGUAAACUGUGGAUGUGUUUUAUUGUGAAACUGCAGGAGGGACGAUGGGAGCUGCUCGGGCUGUACAUACAGUUCACACACUGUGUUUUGUUUUUUUGCUUUUUUGUGUCUUUUUGCCUUCAGAGUGGGAGAGUGACAGAUUUAUCAGUAACAAUAAAGAAAUAUGUUGUAUAUCA